AUGGCACUCCCAAAUUUUGAUGCUCUUAGAGACUUACACAACUCUGCCAAUCUCCUUCUUCAUUCACCCACUAUCCAACAAUCCCUUGUGCACCAUCGACAAGAAAAGUGGGUUCAUGAGGUCUCGGAGGCAUCUCUAAGAAUGUUGGACGUGUGUGGCAUUUCUAAAGAUGUUCUAUUGCUCGUCAAAGAACAACUCCAUGAUCUUCAAUUCACAUUACGUAUAGUAUGUAUUGGCGAGCCCGAUAUUGGUACCAAAAUUGCGGCUUAUAAUCACUAUAGAAAGAAGUUGAAGAAGGAAACAUUGAAGUGCUUGAAUUCUUUAAAAGGGAUUAAGAGCAAAUCCAUUGUUUCGAAUCACUCACCAAUCGAUGAGAACCUUAAAGUAGUGGUUGAUGUGCUAAAGGAAGUGAAGGUGACUAGUAUUACUAUCGUGGAGUCACUAUUGUCCCUCAUUUCUAUACCAUGGCUGGAUCAAAAAUCAGCUAAAGGGUCUUUUGCGUCAAGGUUCAUACGCGUGGGUAGUCAAGGUUUAUAUGAUAUGUGCGAUGUAAUGGCGCUUCAAAGUGCGAAUAAAAGAUUGGAGGCAGUGGAGAUUGCCAUUGAAGAUCUUGAGGCUGAGCUGGAUUGCAUGUUUAGGCGUUUGAUCCAGACUAGAGUUUCACUUCUCAACAUUCUAACAAACUAG